AUGUGUGUGCACAUAUUACUUAUCCUUACUUAUUCAUCCUCCAUUUAUGUCCGACCCCCCACACCCCUCGCCGCCCUCCUGCGCUUCUCCAUCUCCCCAAUCCUGACCAGACUGCCCAAGACAUUCGUCCCCGAAUCCCCACACCCGCUUGUAGACACACAAAUGCCUGCUGCCGGCACGGCGCCACAAUUGCACACGUCCCUUACACACACCGUCCCAAUCGGACACCCCUCUGGCCCGAACACGCUUCUUUGGCACCUGACAAGGUUGACGUCGCCGCAGCUGUACCGGUUCUUGUCAAAGCAUACUCCGUUGCCCUCAAUUGUCGUCGCGCAAAUGCAUCUUGUCGACCCCCCGCUGCCCGACCCGCACAGUCGGUCAAAGUUGCACGUCGAGUCGCAGGGCCGAGAUGCACAUACGCCGUUGAUGCAUUGCCGUCCACUUGUGCACGCAUUACCGCACCGCCCGCAGUUCAGUGCAUCCAACGUCGUGUCCCGGCACACGCCCUCGCACCGCUCCACCCCAAGCCCCUCACACGGUUGCCCGCUGGGCGUUGCGCUGCUUGUCGAUGCGCUUGUUGAUGUGGCUGUCGUUGAAGACGUCGCCGACGUACUGGAUACGGAUGAGACAAGAGACGACGAUGACACACUGCUGCUACUGCUGCUGCUCAAACUAACCGACGCAACCGAAGUUGCGCUACCGCUGCUGAUAGAAGCAGUUGCUGAUGACGUAGUAUUGUUCGAUGAGCUUGUAGCCACAAUCGACGAUGACGACGAGCUACUCGGAGUCACUGAAGAGCUCUCAGAAGUAGCCGAUGGACUGCUCGAAGUACUGAUAAAACUGCUCAAAGUGCUGGAUGCACUACUCGAGAGAACUGACGAGCUGAUCGACGUUGCCGAGGGGCUGCUGGUCGGAACCACGCUUGUCCCAUUGGAACUGCUGGACGAACUGCUGGACAGACUGCUGGGAGAUGUUGAUGAGCCAGUGCUGGACGCCACACUUGUGGCUGAAGACGAUCCACUCAAGCUACUAGACGAGCUAUCCGCCGAUAUAGAUGCGCUGCUAGUAGCUGUCACGCUUGUGCCAGACGAUGUGCCAUUCAAACUGCUCGCUGAGCUACUCGCCAAGCUACUCACUGUAGUUGACGAGCCAACUUCGCUUCCAGUGCUAGAUAGACUGCUCAGACUUGUAGACGAUGAGCUUGAUCCCGUUAUCGUAGUACUCGAGCUACUAAAGUUACUUGUCGCGCUAGAUGAUGUGCUAACCAACGAGCUGCUGCUUUCACUCGAAGACGUGUCUGAACUAGACAAGGUACUGACUGUGCUGCUAACAGAGGCACUACUUAAUCCAGUUGAGGAUGUCGUUGAACUCGACAAUGCGCUGCUGGUGCUGCUGCUAGAUUGUGACAAGGACGACAAGGUCGAACUAGAUAAUGAACUGCUUGGGCUGCUAGAAGAAGCCACACUCGACACGGCGCUACUACUAGACAAUGUUGAAGACGACGAAGCCGAAGUAGAUGAGACAGGCGAUACAGAGAUACUCGGGCAAGACGCCCUGGUGGUCACAAAAGAAGUAAUCGUAGUCGUGGCCGUAUUCGUCACAACCUAG